AUGUCAUUUGUAGAUUUUGAAUCAUUGAUUGCUAAGAAUUUUGAUUAAUUAAUUAAUUAUUAUGAAAUGAGAUGGACUUAAUAAAAUUUUAAGAACCCUUCUAAUUAUACACCUUAAUAAGUAAUGAAAAUUGUAAAAAAAUAUAUUGAUGAAUUACCUAUUUAAGGUAGGUAUUUCAAAUUAUUUAUAUUAUUUUUAUAGAGGUUCUAAUAUUGGGAUACAUUUCAGCAGAUUAAAAGGGAUUAUUAGAACAAAUAUUCCCUAGAGCCAUAGAUGAAUUAGCUAUUGUUGAAAAAAUUUUAGGAUAAAUUAAAGUUCUAUAUGCAAUUACUGAGUAACCCUUAAAUUCAGAAAUAAAUGAUCCUGAAUGGAUAUUGUAAAAACCAGGAGUUCUCCAAAAUAAGAAGGGGAUGGUGGAGAUGAGGAACCUAAAAAUAGUAGUAAUGCUGAUGGUGAAGAGAGUGCUCCAAAAUUUAAUAUUUAUAAUUAUUAAUAGACAAAGAGUGAUACUCCUAAAAAUAUGGCUUAUGAAGUUAAAUAGCCUAAUCCAGUAAUUUAAUUAAUUAUUUUAGGUAUGACUUGAAGUUAGUGAUUAUAGUUUCAAAUUGAUUUAUGAUAAUUUUGAUGAAAUCUAUUAAAGAAUUCAAGAAAACCCUAAGUAAACUUAUUAUGCAUAAAU